UGUGAACGUGUUUAGUUCGUUAAACUGCAUCUGAAGAAAAUGAGUGAGGAAGUGGGAACGGAGAUGGAUUCGAGUACCAAAAUGGCACAGAAGAGUUUUUUCCGGAUCAACAAAAAUUUAGUCAUGCUGAAACUGACUUUAUUUUUCUUGUAUGGAGCAACGUCCUCGCUGAUCCCUUACCUCACCAUCCACAUGCAAAGCAUAGGCCUAUCCAUGGAGCAAGUAGGCAUCAUCUAUCUGGCGCUGCCCUUCACCACGUUCAUAUCUCCGGCGGCCACCGGCUACCUCAUGGACAAGCUGGGCAAGUACAAACCCAUCGUCAUCACGUCGUUCCUGCUCACCGCGGUGCUGCACCAUUCUCUUCUGCUUUUUCCCGAGCAGGAAAUGCCCGGCACCGUGCCUAGCGGGUACAUCAUCAGGCACCCGAAAAAGAUGUAUGUUGAGGUAUGGUGGAGUCCUUGCACAAGCAGAGAGUGUCCGGCAGCAGAAGAAUUGGACGUUGUCUUGGAUAUGUGUGUCGAUCAUUGCCUCCUCAGAGAUGCCAAGUUUUUGAAAAAUACCAAUACCAAGAACCUCAAUAUGAGCACAGAUGACAGGGAUCCAGGUGAUACGGACGAUUUGAGCUUCCACAUCAAGAAGAAGAAAACGAAUGAUUCCGCGGCAGCCUUCACUUUAGACAUGCACCCCAAUCUCGGCGAACCCAUAGAACAAUUCGGCAUCGAAAUCGAAUCAGCAGAAGAAGACGAAGACGUGACAGAGUUCAAGAAGCGUUUCAGAGCAGGCAUGCUACGCAAAAACGGAGUGGACCUGAUCGAGCUCGAAAGCAAAGAUCUAAGAUGCGGAGGCAUAGUUCUAGGUGUCAACCACAGCACGAAAGCUCUACUGAAGAACUACACCAGUGACUGUAUCCUCCAGAAAUGCCAGUUCAGGUCUGGAGGGCCCAGUGUAUGUCCUCCUGACUACAAGCAAACUGACGAUAAAACCUUUUGGCUGUAUUUCUUCCUGAGGUUCUUGGGAACUAUGGCUCAAACUGCUGCUGUGAUUAUCAUAGACCCGGUAGCUCUCGCCAUGAUAGAGAAGUAUGGAGGCGAUUUCGGGAAAGAACGACUUUUUUCCAGUCUGGGAAUGGCUAUAUUCUCACCAAUAACAGGUGCCUUGAUAGACUGGAGUAGUAGCGGACUUGAUUAUACGAACUAUUCUUGGGCGUUCUAUGUAUUCGACGCACUGUUGAUACUAGCUUCCAUUUGUUUGUUUUUCAUGAAGCUAGAUACCAAACUGCCUGCUGAUGACUUAUUCGGAGAUCUGAUCAAUAUCUUCAAGAAACCUCCAUUGGUCAUCUUCGUGCUGUUUUUAUUCAUUCUAGGAAACCUAUGGGGAUUCAUAGAAAGUUUUCUGUUUUUCUACUUAAGGCAUCUCGGUGCUCCCAAUUACCUUUUAGGGAUAACAGUUACUGUUGGUACACUCAGUAGUGUUCCAUUCUUGUAUGGAGCAGAUAAUAUCACCAGGAAGAUUGGUCAUGUCAACGUCAUCAUCAUUGCGUUCUUCGCACAUGCUGCUAGAUUGGUUGGAUAUUCUGUCAUUGAGAGCGCCUGGUGGUGUUUCCCCUUCGAAGCCCUAGAAUCGCUGUCGGUCCACCUCAUGUGGGUGGCAGUGGCCACCUACUGUGCCGCCCUGGCCCCCCGCGGCCUCCUGGCCACCCUGAUCGGAGUCUGCGCCAUGGCCCACUACAGCGUGGGCAGAGGCAGCGGCAGCUUCGUGGGCGGACACAUCAUCGCCAAGUUCGGGAUAACGAUGUCGUUCAGGCUGAUGGGGGCAGUUGGUACAUGCGCAGGGCUGCUCUAUACCUUUUUGCAUUAUACGUGGUUGAAGAAUUACAGGGUCAAACCUGAAGAGGACACUCUUGACGAAGAGUCGCUGAAACUCCAGAACGAAGAACCUAAAUUCAAAGACCAAGGCACCAUGGUAAGCAUGGAGAGGCUGAGCUUGAUGGUCGAAUUCAAUCAAAUAGGAUCGAUCACAUCGCUGUCAAGAAGCGUGACCUUGAGGAAUGCCAGCAUCGACAUCAUAAGGAGAAGCAGUUUGGGACCGGCCCUGAAGGGGUAUAAGAGUUCCAAUUCUAAAGCUGAGCUCUUGAAGUCGGCUUUGGAUAUUAAUAACAAAAAGCAUAACAGCGAAAAGGAUGGAUCAAAUAAUAAACUCUACAAAAGUUCCAGUUUGACGCAACCCAAACUAGACUUCGAACCAACAGUACUAUGUGAAAAGGACGAGAUAGUUUAUGAUGAAAUCAAGAAGAAGACCCAAAGAACGGAAGGAAACGAAAUUGAGGAAGCGAAACUUAAUAAUCAUCAGGAGGUGAAACCUGAAAAAAUAACAAAUAUUUUGAAGGAUGGUGGUGAAGAUGAAGUGGUCCAGAAGGAAGAUAAAUAUAGCAGAAAUAAUAUUUUCGAAAGCUGAGACUUUGUUAACUCUCCUGGCCCAAUUGUGCACUAUUUUACAAUAAAAAUUUAAUUCCAA